UGGAAUUCUAAAUUCUCAUUAUCUGUGAUUGUAUUGAGAAUUUAUUAGUGGGAGUUUUGAGUACAAAAAAUAUAUAGAAUUUGUAUUGAAUAUAAAUGAGUUUUCAAGAUCUAGGAUCUGGUAGGGGCAGUGGGUCCCGGAGGGGGUUUGUAAAUGGGAAGCAGGAUCCCACCCAAGCGGUGGCCUCAGGAAUAUUUCAAAUCAACACGUCGGUUUCCACCUUCCAACGCCUCGUCAACACCCUCGGUACCCCUAAGGACACACCUGAGCUUCGUGAAAAGCUGCAUAAAACGCGCUUACAUAUUGGACAAUUGGUGAAGGAUACGUCAACGAAACUUAAGCAAGCUAGUGAAAUAGAUCAUCAUGUUGAAGUCAAUGCAACCAAGAAAAUAACAGAUGCUAAAUUAGCAAAAGACUUUGAAGCAGUUUUAAAGGAGUUUCAGAAGGUUCAACGUCUUGCAGCUGAGAGGGAGACAUCAUAUACCCCUUUCGUUCCCCAAGCAGUACGGCCUUCUAGCUAUACAGCAAGUGAGAUUGAUGUAAGCACAGAUAAAAGUCCAGAGCAACAAGCUCUUCUUAUGGAAGCAAAAAGACAAGAUGUUUUGCUAUUGGAUAAUGAGAUUGCUUUCAAUGAGGCUAUAAUAGAUGAAAGGGAUCAGGGAAUACAAGAAAUACAACAGCAAAUUGGUGAAGUUAAUGAGAUUUUCAAGGACCUCGCCGUAUUGGUUCACGAGCAAGGAACUAUGAUUGAUGAUAUUGGCUCCAACAUUGAGGGUGCUCAUGCUGCGACUGCUCAGGGAAAAUCCCAACUUGUCAAAGCAGCUAAGACACAAAGGUCAAAUUCGUCUCUGGCUUGCUUGCUACUAGUGAUUUUUGGCGUUGUGCUUCUCAUAGUAAUUAUAGUACUUGCUGCGUAAUUAGGAAGAAGUCUUCUAAAUAUGGUGAGAAUUUAGAAAGAUGGUAGGACAUAGCAGUAUUAUUUUUAUGUCAACUUGACCCGGCAUUGCAGCUAUUGAAGCGUGUUGUUAUGCUCUUGAACCAAAUGAUAUAUGAGAAAGUUUAUGUAGUUGAAUAGGAAGUGUUUUUUCUAUUUGGAACUACACAUUUUGUUUGUAAA